UCGAUGUGUAAUGAUGUGUGUGUUUUAGGUGAGAUAUUUUAUACAACCCCAUGGAGAAUGACCUUCAUUGUGUUAUGCUGUCUGGGAGCCGUCACUGUGAUUGGGUUAUCUCUGGCUAUCUACUGCAUGUGCAAUAAGAAAGAUAAACUCAGGAAGGAGAAGGAUGACAUCUGGGAGCAGAAUCAUGACCUCUGUGACCAGAAUUAUGACCGCACUGAGGAGCUAAAAAUCCUGACUUCUCAGCUGGAUUUUGUGAACACAAACUGGAGUCCAGACUUUGAAACCAUCAGAAGACAUGCAGUGGAUGUGACUCUAGAUCCUGAUUCUGCACAUCGUAACCUCAUCCUGUCUGAUGAUGGGAAACAAGUGAGACAUGGAGAACUAGAUCAGGUUCUCUCUGACAACGGAAAUAGGUUUUCAAAUUGGUCCUCUGUCCUCGGAAAUGUGGGCUUCUCAGGAAGUUCUACUAUGAGGUGAAGGUGGAGGGGAAGACUGAGUGGACUUUGGGGGUGGUCAUACAGUCCAUCAAUAGGAAUGAGAGGUCUAGACCGAUCCCUUAUAAAGGAUACUGGACUGUGGAGCUAAAGAAUGGAAAGUACACAGCUCACGCUGAUUCCCCUGUCACCCUCUUACUGAGAGAGAAGCCCCUGAAAGUGGGGGUGUUUGUGGAUUAUGAGAAGGGACAGGUAUCCUUCUACAAUGUGGAGGCCAGGUCUCAUAUCUACUCUUUCACACGCUCCAAAUUUUCUAAGAAACUCUAUCCAUUCUUCAACCCUGGUGGAUCAGAUAGUAUUUCACUGGUCGUCUGUCCUGUAGAUGUCACUGACUGACUGUUUUAAAUCAAACAGGGCAGAUACAGUAUAAACAGCAGUAACUCCUAUUGAGAGACUUAAUGUACCUGAGAUCUUAGGUAUAGAUUUCCUGUCAGUCUUUGUUGUUGUUCUAGAGUGGGCCAGUUGAUUGGAUUGGACAGAGAGGUAAAGGUAGGAAUGUUGAAAGAGCAAUGGGUUGGAUCUGAACCCAUUCUGGUACUGGACCAUCCCAGACCACUGAUUUCUUGUUAAUGUUUGACUCAUCUUUGAUGUUUCUUUCAUCAAUCCCUUGGACUGUUCUGUCUUCAUGAGAGUGUGUUAUAUAUAUAUUUUUAUUCUCUGUGUUUUCUAAAAGUAUAGUGCUUUCUGUGGUGGUGGGGCAAGCCAGCAACAAAUACGGGGCGUUGUGCCGUGAUUGGCUCAGUGUUCUGUCUCUCAUGGGGACACUACAUCACCUCGAAGUCGAUGGGUAGACUUCCAAAAUUCUAGCCCUUUGGGUGCUGCCAUAGAGUUACAUUAGAAGUGCCCAUCCAAGAAGGCUCAAGGUCAUUGAUAAAAUGACGUCAAAUCAUGUUACAUGUACAGCAGCUUUGAUUGGACUGAUCAUGUCAACAUCAUUCUUUCAAAAUCUUAGCUGGCAGUCAAUAUCAUGAAUCAAGUCGACAAUCUACUGGCAAAUCCUUUUUAAUCCUUGUCAUAUGAAGAUAAAUAAUGGAGUGAAAUUAUAGAUAAACCGUAUCUGUGCUUAUUGGCCAUUGGACAUAAACACUACACAACAAGUUAGAAAUUUCAAAUUCAACAAUGAGUGGUUUGGAAGGAAGUGCUCACAGCACAACAAGGUGAGCCCAAAAAUGUCUUG